AUGGGCAAAAUUAACCUCACAGCCCUCCGGGUGCGACAGACAGCACUCAACCAAUUCGCCAGUGGAAAGACCAGCAAACUGCCACAAUGGGUUGGCGUGGUCGGCGAGAUCCCUCCUGCUGAAACCCUCAUUCGUACCCGCCCUCCUCAGCAUGAGCUUGUUCAGCAGCGGAUGAAAACCGUCGCUGGGUCAUCGAAGCCGCAGGUCGUCUUCCAAGUUCAAGAGAAGCGCAGAAAACCCAAGAAGGCCAGCCGACUUUUCCAGCCGGUUGAACUCAAAUACGAGGAAGAUCAAUUGCGUUCCCAGUUCUUCCGCGAUCACCCCUGGGAACUUGCCCGCCCCCGUGUGCUCCUAGAGAGCACUGGAAAGGACUUUGAACACUACGAUUGGAGCCGCAUUCAACAACAAGGGAAGCGGUUAGAUGGUGAAAGUGUUGUCCAGCGACAGCUGUGGCUUUUGAAUAAUGUUCCGGAUAUGACCAAGAGCAACGCUUACGAUAUUGCCCGUCGAGAGUUCUACCGACUUCGCUUGCAAGAGGAUAUUCAGCGUCGGGUUGCAGCGGAGGAAGCCGAAGCGUAUGGCGCAGAGUUCGGACCAUCAUACAUGGACAUUGGUAUGAAGAUGGAGAGCGAGCAAUACGACAAAUGGGUUGCCUGGGCUCGAGAGGCAGCUCAAGUCAUGGACCAGCGGAGAGCAGCUCUUGUUGGUGCACCAGAGCUCGGAGAGACUGCUGCUGAGACAAGUGAGGUUGCGGCCGAAGAGCCAGAGGGGGCGACUGCUUAA